CAGUGCUACUUGUAUGUUCACACACGGAGCCAAUCUCUUCCUCAUGACGCCAACGAGGCUGGGCUCAGAUGGCUUCGAUCAUAAUAUUUAACGGAGCCACCCUGGAUGAACACUUGGAUACUGAAAGAAGAGGAGGCGGCGUCGAGAGAGGACGCAUCACGACCGGGAUGAUCGCAGCACCUGCCAGGCUGCAGCGUCUGGUCUGACCUGAGCGAGGCUCGCACACAGCAGCAGCUUUGUCAAGAAGUGGGGCAGCAUCCAAACGCCUUUCAGCGGAUCACCUGUUAUUUUAGGGGAUUUUUUUCCCUCCCCUCCAGUUUGGCUGCAAAUCCAACCCAAACACAGUCUCAGCGAGGCUUUGUUUCUGCGCACUCGGUGAAAGCAGUCUACUCUGUGACUUUUUUUUUUUUUUUUUUUGGUUCUGUCUUAGAAGACAGAUAUGAGACAUUUUACAUCUUACUUUUGUACUGGCAGAAACACACGGAAACGGCUUUGAGGAAGAAUACCGAUGUUACUUCUGUUAUUUCUUCCGACAUAUUUAUGUCAUCUUUGCGCUCUGAGUCCUGAGCACGGCAGAUGAGGAGCGCUUUUUCCAGCCGCUGCCAGCGAAAUGUCCAGUUUUUACAGCGUGUCGGUCUGUCCACCUGUCAGGAAAUUAAAAAAAAUGGACUAUUGUAAACAAUAGAGGUCAGCAAACCUGAUGGAUUUUUUAAAACAAAGGUGAAAUGAUCAUAAAGUCAACACAAUAUCGCCGCCUUUUCAUAGAUUAACUCUUUUGAACAUCAAUGUCGAUGCCGUAAGGUGCGCUGCUGCUGACGCUUGCUCUGUCGGGGGGAAAAUACGUGUAUAAAACGAUGAUAUUGUUUCGUAAAUUCAGGGUGUUGUUACUGAUGGUGUUUCUACUGGCGUGCACCAUGCACAUCAUGAUUGACUUGUUACCCAGACUGGAGAAGAGGGCUGCCGGGGCGGAGCGCCGGGACGGCGGCUGCCGGUGCGCUCAGCACCCGGCCAGGGAGGCGCAGGGCUGGGCGGGCUGGCCUAACAAGCACACGCUCAGGAUCCUGCAGGAUUUCAGCAACGAGCCGAGCUCCAACCUCACAUCGCAUUCACUGGAGAAGAUCACAGCCGCGGGGGACAAUAAAGCCGAGUCCUUCGGGCGGAUGAGACCUUCGGCGGGGAAGGCGGAGGACCACAAGCCGCUCAUCGGAGACGCGAGUGGGGGUCGCACCGUCUCCGGCCACGCGCUCUCCCGACUCUCCGCUCUGUUCCAGCAUCCUUUGUACAAGGUUGAGCUUCCUCCCCUCACGGAUGAUGACACUUUAUUUAACGUCAACACGGACAUCAGGUUUUAUCCCAGAGCAACAGGGAACCAGGGAUGGCACAACGACGAGGGGCACGAGGGCGAGUUGUCUCCAACUGGAGAGGCCAACGCAGAGUCGUACCCCAACUGGCUGCGCUUCCACAUCGGGAUCAACCGCUACGAGCUGUACCCCAGACACAGUCCAGUGCUGGACGCCCUGCUGAAAGACCUGAUCACGCAGAGAAUCACCAGUGUGGCCAUGAAAUCAGGAGGCACCCAGCUGAAGCUGAUCAUGACUUUCCAGAACUACGGGCAAGCGCUGUUCAAGCCGAUGAAGCAGACCCGCGAGCAGCAAACACCCCCAGACUUCUUCUACUUCUCUGACUUUGAGAGACACAAUGCUGAGAUCGCAGCUUUUCAUUUGGACAGGAUCCUUGACUUUCGUAGAGUGCCCCCUGUAGCAGGCCGACUUGUAAACAUGACAAAAGAGAUCAGAGAUGUGACGCGUGACAAGAAGCUGUGGAGGACCUUCUUCAUCUCACCAGCAAACAACGUCUGCUUCUACGGUGAAUGUUCCUACUACUGCUCCACUGAGCAUGCUCUGUGUGGGAAACCGGAUCAGAUCGAAGGCUCACUAGCAGCCUUCCUUCCAGAUCUGAAUCUGGCUAAACGCAAGACCUGGAGAAACCCCUGGAGGCGAUCCUACCACAAACGCAAGAAAGCGGAGUGGGAGGUGGAUCCAGAUUACUGUGACGAGGUGAAGCAAACGCCUCCAUAUGACCGUGGCUCUCGAUUACUCGACGUUAUGGAUAUGACAAUCUUCGAUUUCUUAAUGGGUAAUAUGGAUCGUCAUCAUUAUGAAACUUUUGAGAAGUUUGGAAAUGACACUUUCAUCAUUCACCUUGACAACGGACGAGGGUUUGGAAAACACUCCCAUGAUGAGCUGUCCAUCCUGGUGCCUCUCAGCCAGUGCUGCAGGGUGAGAAAGUCCACUUACCUGCGUAUCCAGCUCCUGGCCAAAGAAGAGUACCACCUGAGCUCCCUGAUGGAGGAGUCGUUGCUGCGUGACCGCCUGUCCCCGGUCCUCAUCCAGCCUCACCUUCAAGCCAUGGACCGCAGGGUCCGGCUGGUGCUGCAGGUUCUGGCGGGCUGCAUAGAGAAAGAAGGCUAUGUUAAUGUUGUGGAGGAAGACCUAGUUGGAGACACAGCCAGUCACAGGGGCCGAGGCCACAGGUAGUGGGGUCCAGACUCAUGGUUGACAGGAUCCCACGCUGAUACAUAGCCAAUGGACCACAUCUGCGGAUUCUCAACCACUGGGAUUGUACCAAAAAAAUCCCACUUCUGACAUCAAGCUGAAUUCAGUGAAUUCCAAGACUUGCCAUCAUUGCCUCUAUGGAAACUGCUUUUAGGUGUAUUUAAAUAGAAAAAUCUGCCCACAAAUAUCAGAAAAGACUGUGCUUACACAGAGGCUUCUUAUUUGUCAGGUACAGACUUUUUUGUUUGUAUGUUUGUUUGUUUUAUCUAUAUAAGACAUAAAGGAACUAUUACUAUGUUCUGAUUUUGUCCUGUAUGUUCUAAACACGGAGGGUACCAGUUCGUUUUAUGUGUUUUAUUAUAUCAGUGCAUAACCAAAUCCAACACUGACUGGGCAGUAUAUGUUCAGACUAUAAGCUUUAUCAGUUGUCAAAAUGUAUAAAAAGGUUGAGAAAGCUUGUGGAUUUAUUUCUGUUUCUAAAACAUGUUUUUCACUGCUAUUAUUGAAUGUUACAAAGCUGAAGUCAUGCCUGGACAAACAACAGGAGAAUAUGAGCAAAUCUUUGUAAUCUUUUUUUCUUGGCACAGACUUAGAACAGAGUGAUUGAAAAUGUCAUUACCUGCUUCUAAACAGCGUGAAUCUGAGGACAAUUUCCCUCCACACCCUUGUUCAACUGGUACUAUUACUUUGCCUUAUUCAGACUUUGUAUUGCUUUUCCUUUAACCCACCCCCACCACCCGAAAGUUUAGCUUGUGCCAUGUGUAGCUAAACAGAGCAACACAAAAUGACACUUACCAAACCAAAUACACGAAAUGUCAGGACUGGAGGCAACAUUGAAGUACUUGUAAGUCUUAAAUUAUUUGCAUGUCAUUUAAUUCAAGUGAUUCAUUCAUAAAAGCACAUCUGAAGCAUUUAGUAUGUUUUUCUAAGAUAUCACUUUAAAGGUUUAUGCAAUGCAAAGAUGUUAGUUUGUAUACUGUUUCAUGUCUAUCUUACUAUUUAUUGGGGCAUGAAAAGAAAUUACAAUUCUGUCAUAACUUCUAUGUUUUGGUUUGCCAUUGUGUUACUUUAAACAUUACAAAGUACAGUAUUUAUUAAAAAAAAGUUUGGCAUUUGGAUACUGUGGGGAAAUUUUCAUUCCUUUGAAAGCAUAUUUUGUCCUCAGAACAGCAAAGCUUUUUGGGCUUUGUGGAAGUGGUACCACUGCAUUUUUCCCCCCUCCAAAGAGUCCUAUGUAUUGGCUAACCUAGUACCCGUGCAAUGCCAGAAAUACAGUACUUGAAUGUUUUUGGGUUGGCAGUAUUGACAGGAUUUAUAGACCUAAAAGCAGCAUAAAGUCAACUUUAAGAAAUGCGUUAAGGUGAUAUAGGGGUUAAAUGCCUCAUUCAACCACAGGGAUAACCAUGUGCACUGUUCUUGGGUUUUCAUAUUUUCAAUGUAAAUACCUAUAAAUAUUUUGAAGAUCUGCAAAGCUGGACUGCACAGUGAUUUGCUUCAGUUUUAUGCUCUUGCAUUGUUACUGUGAAGAUCUGUUUACUAAAUGAUUAAAGUGUGCAAUAAAAACG